AUGAGCUUUUUCCAUUUCAUGCACUACGCCGCCUUCAAGGAGCGUUACGCCGCUACCUGUGAGGUCAUCGAAGGACCUGUACGGCAGGCGAGCAAAGAGGGUCUGGGGCCUCACCUGCCGUACCUCAUCAACAUAUUGGACGAGCUGCCGGCUGACCCCAAAUCCGAGUACGCGUUUAAUCUCCAUCACUGGUUCCCGGGAUCCCAGGCCAUUGACGAGCUGCGGUACGGCGUGGUGGCUGUCAACGCCUGGGCUGCGGUCUCCGUGGGUCUGGGGUCCUGCACCUGGGGGGCCUUUGCCGGCGACCAGACCGUGGCCGAUGUGGGGUCGGGGUUGGGGCUGGUGGGCAAUCCGUACCUUGUGGAGGGCGUCCAGAAGGCCGUGUGUAGGAUGCCCCUGGAGGGCCAGGCGGUGCCCCGGCCCCCCCACCUGAUGCCGCUCACGCUGGGGCUGAUGCGGGCACUGUGUGGGUUCAUGCAUCACACGCGCUGUCUUCGGUGGACGAUGCUACGUCCCGUGUUUCGAAUGCACCCUCCUUUCCACCCCCGAAAACUACGGCGCAUUGAUACCAUUCUCCUUUUUAACCUGCCUACCUGCAAGGUAACCGCCAACGAUGAAGCAAUAGCCCGGAGGCAUCUGUGCGCUUUAUUGCUAGCGACUAUGCACGCGUACCAACUGCCGCAAGUAACUAACAAACCAACUGAGACAAGACGGAAGCGUAUUAUGAUAUAA